AUGCUUACCAUAGUUACCAUGAGUCCCUUACCUUCGUUCUCUUCUCAUCUCUCCCACCCUUUGGUUGUUCCAUAAAAGCACAACCAAACAACACCCUCUCCUUCUUACACAGCUAACGACACCAACCCAAACAUCCAAAGGCCUUCAUCGAUUCACCAAUCAUCAUGGCAAAGAAGAGAAAGUCCAUCGCCACAAGCCUCGACGAGGUCGAUCGAACCCUAUACGCAUCGUUUUGCACCGCUGCUAAUUCUCUCUCCCAGCUCUACACCCACGCCAUGAACCACCAGAAGCUCUCCUUCCAUGCUGGGGAACGCCACUCCCUCGAAAAACUUUAUCAAUGGAUUUGGAGACAACAAGAAGGAGGAUCAAGAGUUGCAACAGUUGAUGUACUUAGCUACAUUCAGAACGAGCUGGAUUACUGUGGAGAGGAGCCAUCCAUGUCACCUAGAGCACCACCGCAACACCAGCAACCCCUACCAGCAAUGCAUCUCAGUAGUUCAGGCUUUCCCGUUACUACAGGAUCUUCUGGCCAAACAAUUGCUGGGCAAGGACUCCGCUCUGAGAACUGUGAAAAUCAACCAAAGAAUUCUGUGUUUUCAAAUGCUUUGUCAAGUCCAGUGCGUCGUAGCCUUCAACAUUAUCAAAUUGGUGAUGGAGGGUACUACACCAAUGGUCUGUCAAUGGUCAAUGGAAACCGGAACACAGAACCUGGCUUACUUCACCAGCAAGGCAGAGAUUCAACUGCAGUGAGCUCAAACGAUUCUGCCAUGGAUAUGCAUGCAGACUAGUCCUUUGUAUUGGUUUAUUAAUUGGGAUUUCUUAACUCACCAGCCUUCUGAAGAAGCUACAAAAGGAGCCAACAACCUUCGGAAUUUCGUGUCUCAGGUUUGCUUGUUGGAUGCUGCAAGAAAAGAGAGGAGGGGUGGAGCCAAUUCUGUUAAGAUUUUACUAUGCUUUGUCAACCGAGUGAUUGGUUUGGGGUCUCAACAAGUGUUUUUGUAAAGUCUUUUUAUUGAUUAGCUUUAAAGCAUUUUAAUUUUGUACCUUAAAUUGUUUUACCCCCAUCAUUAAAAUGAUUGCCUUUUCAAGGUAGGGGAUUCUAUCUGAAGUUCUAUAUGUAAAUCUGCUCUGCAGAUUUUCUCUAUAUGGCAAUUUAUAGCAUCGUCUUUGUUGAUGC